AUGUGCGAGAUCAAAGUUCGGGCAUAUCAGAUCCCGGAGAACCGGGUUGUCUUUUUAUUCCAAAGGCUUGGAGGUGAUAGCUUAGCCUUCAACUCGUUGUUCCAAUGUGUUAAGAAGCUCCUCUUGGAGGGAGAUACUGAGCAGCCAGCCCCCGUGAGCUUGCCUGCACCUUCAGUUUCACAAAAGGACCCUCAAUCCGACCUGCAAUCAGACAUGCAAGCAGACCUACUUACGCCCGUGAUCGAUGCCGCCCACAGAGCCGAGGACCCCCAAGCACAGGCGGAGGCUGCAGCUACCAUGGCAGCUGCAACCGACCCCCAGGACACCGGCUCUGUGCAGCGGCUCUGCAGAGAUGAUGCGAAAUCGGCCAUCCAGAAGCUCCUCGAGGUAAACUGCUUCGAGGUGUCGUGCCACGUUGUGCGAUUGCUCGUGAAGCUGGCCAUGUCUCCAGGAGCCGAGGCUCUUUUUCAAUGUCAAGGUAUAAUGGAGAAGGUGUGGCACCUGGGUACCAAGAGCAUGUGGAACUUUCAGAGGCAUGGCGAAACAAGGCUCAGGGACCAGCUUAUGCAAGUGUUGGAGCGAAGCUCUGGCUUCAAGUUGGGCCGCAAGGGGUCGGCUCUGUCUGAUUGUGCAGAGGUGAAUUCAUAUGUCAACCACACUGGGGUUUUCUAUGAGGAAGCUCCGCACAUCUCAGCAGGUCGGCGGUGA